AUGGACAGAACAGAUGUUGUAGCUCCUUUGACCACAUCUGGCACCCCUGGAACAACAGCAGUGGACAACAGCACAGGAGUCGAGGGACAGGUCCGCUUGGCCAAUGGAGGAAACAGCUCCUGCUCUGGCAGAGUAGAGAUCUUCCUCCGUGGACAGUGGGGGACGGUGUGUGAUGACCACUGGGACCUAGUUGAUGCUCAGGUGGUGUGCAGACAGCUGGGUUGUGGCAGGGUCCUGUCAGCACCACAAAGUGCACGUUUUGGACAGGGCAGUGGGCCCAUCUGGUUGGACGAUGUCGCUUGCUCCGGCAACGAAUCAAAGCUGACCGAGUGCCGGCACCGAGGGAUUGGAACUCAUGGCUGUGGUCACAUCGAGGAUGCUGGUGUUGUCUGUGAAGUUCAACCAGGUCCAAACUCCACAUUUUCACCAACCACUCCUGAUCCAGGAUCUCAGACCUUCACCUCUGCUUCACUCACAUCUGGCACCCCUGGAACAACAGCAGUGGACAACAGCACAGGAGUCGAGGGACAGGUCCGCCUGGCUAAUGGAGGAAACAGCCCCUGCUCUGGCAGAGUAGAGAUCUUCCUCCUUGGACAGUGGGGGACGGUGUGUGAUGACCACUGGGACCUGGUUGAUGCUCAGGUGGUGUGCAGACAGCUGGGCUGUGGCAGGGUUCUGUCAGCACCACAAAGUGCACGGUUUGGACAGGGCAGUGGGCCCAUCUGGUUGGAUGAUGUUGCUUGCUCUGGCAACGAAUCAAAGCUGACCGAGUGCCGGCACCGAGGGAUUGGAACUCAUGGCUGUGGUCCCAUCGAGGAUGCUGGUGUCAUCUGUGAAGCUGCUUCACCAGUGAGGCUGGUCAACUCUGACAACCGCUGCUCUGGCAGAGUGGAGAUCUACCAUGCUGGACAGUGGGGGACAGUGUGUGACGAUUCCUGGGACCUGAACGAUGCCAAUGUGGUGUGCAGACAGAUGGGCUGUGGCAGGCCUCGUUCAGCACUGCAACAUGCUGCUUUUGGACAGGGCAGUGGAGCCAUCUGGUUGGACGACGUCAUUUGUUCAGGAAGGGAACCAUCGAUAACAGAUUGCAGACAUCUAGGGUUUGGUGUCCACAACUGUGGACAUAGUGAAGAUGCCAGCAUCAUCUGUGACAUUCAACCAGGUCCAAACUCCACAUUUUCACCAACCACUCCUGAUCCAGGAUCUCAGACCUUCACCUCUGCUGCACUCACAUCUGGCACCCUUGGAACAACAGCAGUGGACAACAGCACAGGAGUCGAGGGACAGGUCCGCCUGGCUAAUGGAGGAAACAGCUCCUGCUCUGGCAGAGUAGAGAUCUUCCUCCUUGGACAGUGGGGGACGGUGUGUGAUGACCACUGGGACCUGGUUGAUGCUCAGGUGGUGUGCAGACAGCUGGGUUGUGGCAGGGUCCUGUCAGCACCACAAAGUGCACGGUUUGGACAGGGCAGUGGGCCCAUCUGGUUGGAUGAUGUUGCUUGCUCUGGCAACGAAUCAAAGCUGACCGAGUGCCGGCACCGAGGGAUUGGAUCUCACAACUGUGGUCACAUCGAGGAUGCUGGUGUCAUCUGUGAAGCUGCUUCACCAGUGAGGCUGGUCAACUCUGACAACCGCUGCUCUGGCAGAGUGGAGAUCUACCAUGCUGGACAGUGGGGGACAGUGUGUGACGAUUCCUGGGACCUGAACGAUGCCAAUGUGGUGUGCAGACAGAUGGGCUGUGGCAGGCCUCGUUCAGCACUGCAACAUGCUGCUUUUGGACAGGGCAGUGGAGCCAUCUGGUUGGACGACGUCAUUUGUUCAGGAAGGGAACCAUCGAUAACAGAUUGCAGACAUCUAGGGUUUGGUGUCCACAACUGUGGACAUAAUGAAGAUGCCAGCAUCAUCUGUGACAUUGACCCAGGUCCAAACUCCACAUUUUCACCAACCACACCUGAUCCAGGAUCUCAUACCUUCCCCUCUGCUUCACUCACAUCUGGCACCCCUGGAACAACAGCAGCAGUGCACCACGCCACAGAUUUACCUGCCACACAUUCUUCCCCCUAUGCAACGCUCACAUCUGGCACCUCUGGGACAACAGCAGUGGACAACAUCACAGGAGUAGAGGGACAGGUCCGCCUGGCCAAUGGAGGAAACAGCUCCUGCUCUGGCAGAGUAGAGAUCUUCCUCCGUGGACAGUGGGGGACAGUGUGUGAUGAAAACUGGGACCUGGUUGAUGCUCAGGUGGUGUGCAGACAGCUGGGUUGUGGUAGGGUCCUGUCAGCACCACAACGUGCACGGUUUGGACAGGGCAGUGGACCUAUCUGGUUGGACAAUGUCGAUUGCUCUGGCAGCGAAUCAAGACUGACCGAUUGCCUGCACCCAGGAAUUGGAUCUCACAACUGUGGUCACUGGGAGGAUGCUGGUGUCGUCUGUGAGGUCCAACGCCCUCCACUCCAGCCUCCUCAGUUCAUCUGUGGACGUGAUAAAAUCCAAAUAGGGCUAAAUAUGGCUGCCAUAACUUCCAAGGAUUUGAACCCACUCUCUGGAAACCUGGUAGUUCGCAACUGCUCCUGGGUCAGAAUGCAUAAUGAUGUAGUUUGGUACGAGGUGGACGCUCAGGCAGGUGCCUGUGGAAACACACUGAGGACCAACCGUACACACGCCAUUUACUCCAACGUUUUAUUCCUCUACCGAGGAAAUGUGUCCUUCUCACGACCUGUGAGUCUUCCCUUCUCCUGUGCGUAUCCCCUCGACACAGACACCAGCAUGAAUGUGGCAGUCAGACCAGUGCUGCCGUUUGCAGUUGGCCUCUCAGGCUUAGGGAGCAAAGCUCGAGCCUCCAUGUCUCUGUUCCACACCUCCAGCUUCACUCAGCCUUAUCCAUCUGGCUUGAUCACGCUCCCUGUGGGCUCACCUCUGCAUGUGGGCGUCUCUGUAUUAGUUAGAGACCCAAGCUUUGCAGUUGUCCUGGAGAACUGCUACGCCUCUGACUCAUCAAACUCCAAUGAUACUGCGCGAUACUUUUUCAUCCAGAACAAGUGCCCCACUGAACGACAGCAAGUGGAAGUGAUCGAGAGCGGCUCAUCCCGACAGGCUCGUUUCUCCGCCGUGUUUUUCCUGAUCCACGGUGAAUACAGUGACAUGUACCUCCACUGCAGCCUCAGCCUGUGUGACCAAAGGAGCUCCCGCUGUACCCCAUCUUGCAGAAGAAGGACAUCUCGCUCUGUUUCCAGCUCUGCUCCUCUGAAGCCCCUCACCAUUGGACCAAUCACUUGGUACAAAUCACCUGAGUGAGCUGGAAACAUAUCGUAACAAAACUAACUCAUUUCAUAGUGUGAUAUUAUUUUAAUUUUAAAUUUCUUCAUGAAUCGAUCAUAAAAAACACAUGUUACAUUGCAUAAUUGAAUCGUAACACAUACUGGUUUUCCUGAUUUGUAUUAGCUGUGUAAUGAGGUGUGAAAUGAUUGAAGAAAAUAAAAAUCAAGGGCAGAGUACAUUU